AUGCCGUGUGAGAAGUUCCGCGAGAGGAAUACGAACGAUGGAAACAACGAACGAAGUUGGCUCAUGACGGUGCGGGGACACUACACACACGACAACGUACGACAAGAAUACACCAGAUUCAAGGAAAUCGCGGCUGUACUUGACCACAAAAAGGAUAAGGGGUACAAGGGGCCUCUACCCGUUCAGGGUAGUUACCACAGUAUGCUGCUUCGGUACGCUAUCAUCAUCGCCGAUGAGAUAGGUAAGGCCAGCCAAUCGCGGUCUAAGACCUCGAAGGCCAUGUGCGCACUGCAGGCAGAGAAGAGGAUGGGUCUCACUGGAACUCCCCUCGAAAACGAUUACGACGAGUUUCAAACCCUCAUGAAAUGGAAGCCGAAGAAAACCAAAGCCAAACCCCUCAAGGGCGUAAGAAACGCGAUCCUCUCCACCAGCCUACGGGCCUGCUUCUUCCCCCUCGCAAUCGACGACACUUUCAAUCGAGGUCGCCUCGUUGAAUUCUCGCGACACAGCGUGAGAACCACAAAGUUGACACUACCGACGGCCGAGGCGGCACACCAGAAAGAGACAAGACCCAUUUGGGGUAAGCAGAAGGGGGACAAGGACAGAGAGCGGUGGUCCGAGAGACUCCGCGUCCGGGCCCUGCCAGAGGUCCUCAAAGCACGUGUGAAGGUUGUAGGUCCAGGUGUGGCCGCUGGGGGGUGGACACCGGGACGGUCUCCGUCUUCCGUCUCCAUUCAGUCUACCGGCCAGGACGCUCAGCUGCGGUACCGACACCUGGGCAUCGUCUUCUUUGCCGCAUUCGAUCAGGUUGCAACGCACAACGCUGUCGUGAACUAUGAGGGCGAAAGUUACGUGGACAUGAGUCACAACUUCCGAAGAACGGAGGAAGCGCGCGGGAGACAAAGCCUUAGCGAAGAUGAUGAGGGAGCGAACCUUGCCAAAGAUUCUGAGAGCAAGGAUGAAUAUGGGGGUGCGAAAGACUUUGAGGGGCUCGGCCUUGACUUAGAGGCGACCAUGGGUCUGGCUCACAAAAACAUCUUCCUCGAUAUGAGCCACAAGCAGGCGCGACAGCGUCUCUUCGAUAAACCCAAGGACUACUGGAGCUCUGCACGCAUCAACACGCUGAUGCCGCAGCCCGUCCCCAUUCAUGAGCCGGCUACGGAGGGCAAGAUCAUCGUAUUAGAUGAGUUUCUGCAGUCUUUGGACGUGGAGACAGAGAAGGAUUGGCACUCAACACGGGUUAACAAGCUUAUCGAGCAGAUUCUCUCCCUGCACGAGUCCAAGAGCGAGGGGAAAAUCAUCAUCACUGAUGAAUUUCUCCAGACUCUCGGCGUUGUUUCCAACGCCUUAAGAGCAACGGGCAUCGAAUUCUUCGAGUUCAACGGCCACAUGAGCUUGAAGGAGAGGGACGCUGUGCGCGAGCGAUUCAACGACCCCAAAGACAAAGUCAGGGUCAUGCUGGCGACCAUUAAGUGCUUUGGUUUAGGCCUGACCCUGAACCCUGCCAUUGAUGCCCAGGCCGCCUCGAGGAUCAACCGGAUCGGUCAGAACCGUCAGGUGACUAUCUGGACGUUUUAUGCACACAACUCAAUUGAGCGCUACGUCGAGAAAGAAUGGGAAAGGAAGAAGAAGAAGGCUGUUUUGACAUUGGAUCAGAAGGGGGCGAUCGCCCGAGUAAACAGGACUGGGCAGGACCGAGAGGUCACUGUAUGGACGUAUAAGUCACCGAACUCUAUCGAGGCUUACGUCACAAAAGCCCAAAAGAAGAAGAAGAAGAUCAAGGCCAAGUUGGAGUCGCACCAAGAAGGUGUGAGCAAGCAUCUGAAAAACCAGAUGGCAAAUCUGACGACGGAGGCGUUCCGCCACACGCUCACCAAGUUGCGAGUCGAGGGGGCAGCUAGCAAGAAGAAAGCGGCGAAGACGUCACUGAUGAUGAGGCAACGGCAAAAGAAGAACGAAGCCAAGAAGUUGAAAGACUUACGCAUCGAGCACACGGCUGCCAUGACCCUCAAAGACAAAGAGCGCGACGACAUUGUAUCUCGCCAUGGAUGGCGGCAGCUUAGUGACACGUCACCGAGGUGA